GUCUUCCACGACAGCACAGGUACAGUGGCGAAUUUAGACAAAACUUUUCUUACAUUCUACAAUCAUGAACAUGACCAAAGUUCUGCAGAUUUGGAUAGGGAUCUUGCUGUGCUCUGUAAACGGAUUACUGGGCUCGGCUCUGGAAUGCUCAGAUCGUGAUCUUACAGGAGCGCGAUGCUCAAUUUCUGUAGAGAAACUUCUGGAUCGAGCCAUCCAGCAUGCUGAGCUCAUCUACCGCAUCUCAGAUGAGGCCAGGACAUUGUUUCUUUCUGAUUUGCAGGAGGAGAUGUUCAUCCCUUUAGCGAUACCUGCACAUCAAAGCUAUGGAGGCAACUCUUGCAUGUCCAAUCUUGUGCACAUCCCUACAUCCAAACUUGAAAUUCAACAAAUUUCGGACAAAUGGCUCCUCCACUCAAUCUUGAUUCUGGUUCAGUUCUGGAUCGAUCCCCUGGCUGACCUGCAGGAUUCUCUUGACAGGUACGACAACGCCCCCAGCUCUCUCCUCAGCAAGACCAGGUGGAUGUCAACCAAGCUGAUUAACCUUAAGCAUGGAGUUCUUGUGCUUAUGAGUAAGAUACUGGAUGAAGGAAGUCUGGAGCUGGAAAAUAAUGAGAGUGUGACACGCCACGUUGUUGCUCCUGCCAUGGCAGAGCAAGUGCUGAGGGACUACACCGUGUUGACCUGCUUCAAAAAGGAUGCUCACAAAAUAGAAACAUUUCUAAAACUGCUUCGAUGCCGCCAAACUGAUAACCUGAGCUGCUCCUUUUUCUGAAGAGUCUGGAAAAAUCCUAUACAUGCACAAUAAAGGGAAUACAUAUUUUUUUUGCAAAUUUA